AUGCAAAAAUCUCGCAUAAUUAAGAAAAUUACAGCCUUGCAUAAGGAAUGGAAAAGUCUUCAAAAAAAUGCUACACGGCGAACCGACCGGCAAGCCCACCUUGAAGCUUCUUUCAAGAAUACGUUCGAUGACCUCUUUGAUGUUGCUCAUGCCGACGCGAUAAAAAUUAUAAAGAUACAAGAGGACAGAGAUUUUCUUAUUCUACAGCGGCAGAAGGGACGGCCUGGCUCGUUGUCAUCUGUCCGUGAUAAGAAGCUGCAUGGCAAGGAGUCAAGACGCACCAAGAGGGAGCAAAAAGAAACGAAGAGGAAAACAAAAGUGCAAGAGAUGCCUCCGUCAUGUGCGUCGUCAAGAGAUGUCCACUCGUCUGAGAGUGAUAGUGAGGAUAAUAAUGAGCAGCAAGGGAAAGCAGACGAAGCAGAACACGUCUUUGUGGAAACUGUUGAUACUGUGGAACAAAAUUCUAAGAGGAGAAGAGGUUGUACAAAUGUUUUAAGUUCAAAUUUAGUAGCUACAAUUGAUACAUCUAAGAUAAGUGUUAGGAAGUCAACUGCUGUUGUAAGUGCUACAGCAAGUGCUCUUAAUGUAGAUGUUAACUCAAUCAAUGUAUACAAAAGCUCGCUUCAUCGCGCACGGACAAAGCUGCGAAAGCAAAAUGCUGAAAAAGUUAAAGAAAAGUUUCAAGAAAAUCUGCUUCAAUCUGGCACUAAACUUAUUUGUCAUUUUGAUGGGAAAAAAAUGAAGAUUGGAAAUACAGUGCAAGAGCGCUUACCUGUUGUUGUCACGGGUUACAACAUUGAAGAGCAGCUGCUGGGCGCUCCCCGUCUUGAUAAUGGAACAGGGGAAGUUGUUGCCAGCGCCGUAUUCCAGGCUUUAGAAUCUUGGAAUUUGACUGAUAAAGUAGAAAGCACGUGUACCGAUACAACAAGUAGCAUGACAGGCUGUGACAAGGGUGCGUGCGUCAUCUUGGAGAGAAAGUUGAACCGCGAUCUCUUAUACGCAGCUUGUCGCCACCACGUGUUUGAGGUCAUCCUUAAGGGCGUCUUCGAAGUUACAGUAGCUGUAUCUUGUGGUCCUGAAAUUCCUUAA